AUUCAACUCGAACAACGGGAAAGAUGGUCGCUUCGCAAAAGUUCUCUGAUGCCGAAAUCGACAGCUUUGGAGAGGCAUUAAACGACACAAAGAAACCUCUGAAAGCUCGUUUCCGAGCUCUAUUUAUUCUCCGGAAUAUUGGAUGUGAUCGUUCUGUUGACUGGAUUGGAAAAUGUCUGAAUGACGAAUCAGCACUUCUGAAGCAUGAGUUGGCUUACUGCUUGGGUCAAAUGCAGAACAAGCACGCCAUUCCAACACUUGUGAGUGUUCUUGAGGACGAGAAGCAAGAGCCAAUGGUCCGCCAUGAAGCCGGUGAAGCGUUGGGAGCAAUUGCUGAUCCUUCAGUCAAAGAUGUCCUCCGAAAAUAUGCACAAGAUCCGUGUCCAGAAGUUUCCGAGACAUGCCAAAUUGCAUUAGGAAGGGUGGAAUGGGUUGAAAAAAGUGGAAAGGAUACCAACAGCCCUUAUGAUAGCGUUGAUCCAACACCAUCAGCUUCAACAUCCGACGUCGAAGAGCUCGCAGCCACUCUGAUCGACGCUUCACUUCCACUUUUCGACAGAUAUCGUGCGAUGUUCAGUCUAAGAAACAUUAAGACAGAUAAAUCCAUCAAAGCUCUUGCUCAAGGUCUCUACUGUGAAGAUAGUGCUUUGUUCCGUCACGAAGUCGCAUACGUUUUAGGACAACUUCAGUCGCCUGUUGCCACUCAAGAAUUGAAGGAUCGUCUUCUACUGUCAACUGAAAAUUGCAUGGUCCGUCACGAAUGUGCUGAAGCUCUUGGAGCAAUUGCCAACGAAGAAUGUACGGAGAUUUUGAAGCAAUACGUCAAUGAUGAGGAGCGUGUUGUUCGAGAAAGCUGCGAAGUUGCCUUGGAUAUGGCUGAAUAUGAAAACAGUGAUGAUCUACAAUACGCUCACGUUUAAUAAUUUUUUGUUGAUUUCCUCCUGUUCUUGUUCAUUGUUUUGUUUUCCAGUUUUAAUUAAAAAUUUCACCUAGUUUG